CCAAGGCGGGGAGAGAGGGGCCGGGCCGGGCCUGAGCUUCGGGGGAGGGGAUUUCUCCCCUCCCCUCUUCCGCGGGGGCCGGGGGCCUCCCGCAGGCUCUACUUAAGGCGGCGGCUCCCGCAGCCCUCCCUCCCGCUCUUGGCUCUCUCUCCCCCAACCGAAGAUGGCCUCGUUUAGGAGCUGCCUGAAGAAGUUUGGGUCUUUUCUGCUUCUGUUCUUGCCCCCUUUGCUGCUGCUGCCCCUCAUGAUACAGACCCAGUUCAAGCCUGCUGCUUGUGGCUACGUCAUCAUCCUCAUGGCCGUGUACUGGUGCACAGAGGUCAUCCCUCUGGCUGUGACGUCCCUCUUCCCUGCUGUGUUGUUCCCUUUGCUCAAAAUUCUGAACUCCAAAGAGGUAUGUAUCCAGUACAUGAAAGACACCACGAUGCUCUUCCUGGGGGGUCUGGUCGUGGCCGUGGCGGUGGAGCAUUGGAAUGUCCACAAGCGGAUCGCUCUGCGUACCCUCCUCAUUGUUGGCGUCUCUCCUGGCCUCCUAAUGCUGGGCAUCAUGGGGAUCACGGCCUUCCUGUCUAUGUGGAUCAGCAACACAGCCACAACGGCCAUGAUGUUGCCCAUUGUCCAUGCGGUGCUGAGCCAGCUGAAGCUGACGGGCGAGGAGAACACAUCUCCCCCACCCAGUAUCGAACUCUUGGAUAAAGGAGAGCAAGAAGUCCAAGGGGAAAAUGUGGUUUCCCAUGUCAAAAGCAGGGAGACAACAGCAAAAGAUAAAAAUACGUGCAAGGCACUGACACUAUGUGUGUGCUAUGCGGCCAGCAUCGGAGGCACGGCGACUCUGACCGGGACUGGGCCCAAUGUGGUGCUAUCAGGACAGAUGGCCACGUUGUUCCCAGAAAACAAUGAUAUUGUCAAUUUUGCUUCCUGGCUCGGCUUUGCCUUCCCCACCAUGAUUCUGAUGCUCUUCCUUUCCUGGAUCUGGCUCCAGUGUGUGUUCCUGGGUGUCAAUUUGAAAAGAAACCUGGGCAUCGGGAUAGAGCGGACUCCGCAGGAGAAGGCCUUCUACCUGCUGCUGAAGGAGGAGUACCAGAAGCUGGGCCCCCCCUCUUACGGCGAGAUCAACGUGUUCAUCGCCUUCCUCUUCCUGAUCCUGCUCUGGCUGUUCCGGGACCCCGGCUUCAUGCCCGGCUGGCAGUCCAUUUACUGGGAGCAGGAGAACGUAACGUACGUGUCCGACGGCACCGUGGCAGUCCUUAUCUGCAUCCUGAUGUUCAUCCUUCCAUCCCAGAAGUUGAAGUUCAAUUUCCGAAGUCAGACUGAAGAAGAGUGGAAAGUCCCAUUCUACCCACCCCCCCUGCUGACCUGGAAGGUGGUCCAGGAAAAACUGCCCUGGGGCGUGGUGCUGCUGCUGGGGGGGGGCUUCGCCUUGGCCAAAGGAUGCGAGACCUCGGGGCUGUCCAAGUGGCUGGGGAGCAAGAUGGAGCCUCUGAAGGUCCUGCCCCCGACGGCGCUGGUCCUGUUGCUCUCGGCUUUAAUCGCCAUCUUCACUGAGUACAUGAGCAACGUUGCCACGGCCACUCUCUUCCUGCCCAUCUUUGCCACCAUGGCCCAGAACAUUCAGCUCAAUCCCCUGUUCAUCAUGCUCCCCUGCACCCUGAGCUGUUCCUUCGCCUUCAUGCUGCCUGUGGCUACGCCUCCAAAUGCCAUCGUGUUCUCCUAUGGCCACCUGAGGGUCUCGGACAUGGUGAAAGCGGGCUUCGUGAUGAACAUAAUCGCCUUGAUCUGUGUCUUUCUGACCGUCAACACUUGGGGCCGGUUCUUGUUUGACCUGGAGAAUUUUCCGAGCUGGGCAAACGCAACACAGAGCAGCAGCAAAGCCUAAGGGUUUGGCAGUGGGGGGGGCAGGGGAGGGGGAGGGGAGGGGGUAGCAGGGUCCCCAGCCUGUGCCCGGGGCCAGAAGGACUUGAGGUGGCUGUCCUACUUCUGGGCAGCUCCGCCACUGAGGCCGUGGCUCCGUGGGGCCAGAGCCCUCAUGGCCCCUCAGGACAGCCUUGUCUAUAUCUGGAGCGAAGAGAGGGCUUGUCCCACCAGGCAGAAGACUUCAGAGACUGUCUGAGAGACUAGCAAUGACCCCCACGAGAUUGAAGGAGGGCAGUCACCCUUCCCAGCAUCUACUUCUUCUCUGGUGGGCCAAAAGGCCCAGAAGCUUCCCUGUGCUGCAGACCCCACUGGGGCUUUUGGGUGCAGUAGCAGGCUCUCCUGAGGCUUGGGUGGGCUCCCUGUCCGUCUGCCCCUUGGGUCGGUGAAGGAGCAGGGACUCAUUCCCCAGCCGAGGGAACACCAGACAGGAGCACCGAGAGCCUCCUUGCACUGACUCUCGGAGGAUUCUUCCAGAAGGAGGAUCCAGGAAGCCUCCUCCAGUGUCUGGCGAGGGCCACACAAGCCAUCCCCCUUUCCCGGGCUCUUGUGGGGAAGGAGCCUCAAACAGCAGACCCGAGCCCCAGCUCCCCCCCUGCCCCUGCUCCCAGGCCCCAGCUAGAAGGUGCAGGCGCUCCGAAAUGAUGCAGACAGAAAAAGCUCUUCAGCCUGGCCAGCAUCUCCCGCGAGUGGGGAGGUCUUCGCCUCUUCCAGGCCGAGACAAGGCUGACUCCUCAGCACUCGGUCAGCGGCUCCUGCUCCGGCUCAGAAGAUCCCGGGCCCCUGGAGCUGACUCUGGGACAGGAAUGCAGGUGGAGGAGGUGAUUGGUCCACUUCCAAGGGGCAUAAACAGCCCCCGUGGGCAGAGCGGGGUCCUCCCCUCUCUAUUCAGCCUCAGUCAGGCGGCUGGUCUGGGGCCUGAGUCCCAGAACCCAGUUGGCACAAGAGGCAUGAGACUCGAGGAAGCAGCUGCCUGUUUCUGCCUAGAGUCUGGGUGGCAAACAGCCCUAGAUAUGUGCUGGAGAACAAACCAAAAUGCCUUCGCCUGUCCCGAGAAUAAAGUCGUCAGGCUGAAGAGA